AAUAUCAAGGAAUCCUAUCUAAGAAGUAAUUCUCCUUAGUGGGACCACCUGGACCAUGCUCAAAAUUGUCAUCUUCAACAAAGAUAAACACUUAAACCAUGAAAGAGUUUUCCAUAAGGGCACAUUCAUGGUGAUGAAAUUCCCCAAAAGCUUACAUCUUUUGCUUCAAUAAUUCAACACCCAAUUUUCAAGUUUCAUUCUUUGAUCAGUUUUGCUUUCUAUUUCUCAUAUAAUAGAUCAACCAACCUGGUUUUUUGGUGAUCACUCUUGAACCAUCUUAAUGGAUAUUGAUGAGUGGGAGUUUCUGUCUGAUGAUGGGUACCUUGAUUUCAACGAAGAUGGUGAGAAGCAAAAGCAAAAGAAUUCACUUGGAAAGGGAAAGUUGGACUCAAAGAGUGUGUUUGACAUGGACUACUUUUGCUCGUCACCACCACCACCACCAAGGGUGCGCACUCAGCUAGUUCCUUUGCCGAUUGAAUUGGAGCCAAGAAUUGGCGUGGCCCCAAAAGAUGUUUUGGUGAAAGACAUCAUAAAAAAUGGUCCUGUGGGAUUGGAUGCAGUUGCCCCAUCAGAGAAAACAAAGGAUUUUGAGGCAGUGGAGGCUGAUAGAGUGAAGGUUUUCUUCAAGAUCAAGGAGAAGAGUGAUUUUGCUGACAUGAAAAUGGACUCCCCCAAGUCAAGUAACAGGGGAAUCUUGCCUCCAAUUGAUGCAGGAGGCUUCAAAUUUGAGGACAAAGGUGAAACCAUAGAGAUCAUCACCUCUCCCAGAAGAAGGGUUAUGGAGAAGGAAGUGUCUGAGAAAGAAGAGAAGUCCACUUGGGAGGAAGAAAAUAGCAGUGGUUUCAACUUGUGGAAAUGGAGUUUGACUGGUGUUGGAGCCAUAUGUUCUUUUGGUGUUGCUGCUGCUACUAUUUGUGUUCUCUUCUUUGGAAGCCAGCAAAGGAACAAACUAAAGCAGGAUCAGAAAAUCCGGUUCCAGAUCUAUGCUGAUGACAAGAGGAUUAAGCAAGUGGUGCAGCAUGCAACCAAAUUAAAUGAUGUAAUUUCUGCAGCAAGAGGUGUUCCUAUGAGCAGAGCUCAUAUAAGUGUUGGUGGUUAUUACGAUGGUCUCUGAAGCAUUGAUUAGGUGAGUUCAUGAAGCAAUUGGAAUGUACAAUGGAUGAAUAGUUCAUAAGAUAUCUAUGAAUCUGGCCAUAUUCUAUAUUGCUGUAAAUAACUGAUGCCACAUUUCUGUCAAAAAAGAAAACCAUGAUGCUAGAUUGUUGAUGUUUGCUCUGUAUAUUUUCUGUGAUCUUGUAAUUUAAGUCACAGAUUGUAGUCACUUUUAUUAUUAUUUGAUUAUUAUUUUUGAACUAGUAUA